UUUACGCGUUUUAAUUGAGAUAUCCAGACCUAAACCUGAUCCCCGCUUUUCCGCUCUUUCUGUAAUUAUUCAUUGGUCCCUCGAGCCGGAUCAGGCUGGCUCUAUCUCAAUUAAAUUAAUUUAUUAUUCCGCUUAAAAAUUGUGCUGUGCUAAGUGAAGUGUAAUACCGCUAGGAAAGGUCGAGUGUCAGGAGCAUCGCAGAGCACAUCGGGUGCUGCUCCUGAUAGUCAUUCGUACACCGGUACGCUGAACUUUCCGUUUAUUAAGACUGAAAACUCGACUUCGGGCCUUAAAUAACCUCGCUAUGGAGAAUUACACAAGAUAGUUGAAAAAUGCAAUUUGUGCUUCAACUUUCGUGUUCCGCACCGCGCCGCAGAUUGCAAGACCGCUCAAGAUUGCCGAAAAUGUGGUCAACGUCACCACAUGUCCAUCCAUUUUGGAUGCACCAACGAAACCAGCUUCACCGCAGUCUACAUCUUCCGCACAGAUCCGCUUUCCGCUCAAGUAUUGCUAGCUACCGCCUUAGUCCAGGUACGCCCGCAUCAUGGUAAUCCAAUCACCGCCAGAGUGUUGAUUGAUCAAGGUUCAGAGCUCUCAUUUAUGAGACAGUCGCUCUUCAAGAAGCUUGGACAACCGCUACAGCGUGACAUGGUCAUGCUCAAGGGCAUUGGCAAUGUCUCCGCAGGAAGCUCACUAGGUGUGAGCACAAUUGAGCUUCGUUCGCUGUGUACGACCGCAUCAAUGCAUGUCAGCAUGCAUAUUCUACCAACACUGACGGUAGAUCUUCCAUCGUUCGUGAUCGCUGAUCCGAAAUAGCCGCAUCUUGAGAAUCUCAAGCUCGCUGACCCGCAGUAUCUACAGCCACGCCCUGUAGAUAUUAUUCUAGGUGCAUCACCAGCCGCACAGAUCAUGAACGCAGAGAUUCAACGAGGACCUCGCAAUGCUCCUAUUGCACAAUCCACCACGCUUGGUUGGAUUGUCUAUGGGGCUGUCACCGCUAAACACGCUUCAACAUCACACGCAGCACUACAUGCGUCAGUAGAUACUGAAUUACAA